CAUUGAUCUCUCCUGUCUUCCAUGAAACGCCAUCACAAAAUUGUUCCACCAUGUUUCUCUGUCUAUUUCAUUAGGCUCAGGUGACAGUUGAAAGGGUUUUGAUUGUUGCUCAAGUUACAAGAAACCGAAAUGCCGGCUUCCAUAAGCAUGGAUGAGAAUAUGGGGUUCCAGUACGGAGUUUCCAGGCCAGGGCUUAAUCCACCAAUUCAAUUUGGGAAUGGAUUUUGUGGAGCAGGGUCAGGACUCAUUCGAGGCGGAUUGGGUGCGUAUGGAAAGAAAAUUUGUGGUUCAAGUUCUCAGUAUGUUCAAAGCAAUAUAAGCAAAUACUUCUCAGAUCCUCAAUACUACUUCCAAGUGAACUCCCACUACGUCCGAAACAAACUGAAGAUAAUUCUGUUUCCAUUUCUGCACAGGGGGCACUGGACGAGGAUGACAGAGCCAGUUGGAGGCAGGCUUUCGUAUAACCCUCCAAUUACUGACAUACAUGCCCCAGACCUGUACAUUCCAUUCAUGACAUUUGCAACGUACUUGGUUCUCGCUGGGAUCUCACUAGGCCUUUCUGGGAAAUUCAGCCCAGAGGCUAUAAAUUGGCAGUUUGUGAAGGGAAUGGUGGGUUGGCUACUCCAAGUGAUGUUGCUCAAGGCAUCGUUGUCUUCGCUUGGGGGUGGAGAGGCACCUUUGUUAGACAUGAUAGCAUAUACUGGGUACACUUUCACAGGGUUGUGUGUGGCGGUUCUAGGGCGAAUCACGCUAAGCUAUGCUUACUACUUGAUAAUCAUAUGGACAUCCAUGUGCUCAGGCAUCUUCUUGGCAAAGACAAUUAAGAUAACUUUGUAUGCUGAGAUCAACAGUUAUGAUGCAAACAUGCAUCAUUAUCUGUUGCUAGGUAUCGCGUUUUCUCAGUUCCCGUUGAUCAUCUGGCUGAGCAACCCUACCGGGAAUUGGUUUUCCUGAACCUGCAAUUUCAACGCAUAUAUGCUCGUUGCUCAGAUUUUCUGCGGUAGCAUAUGAACAUCUUGUCGUGUGCAUAGCUAGGACUUGAAUUCGUUUUUAAACUGCGGUUGCAGGAGCUCAUGUAUUCCAGGAAUUCUUUCUCGUACUAAUCUCAUUUGUAGUAUUGUUGCAGAAUUAGAUUGGUGAUUUAGUUAUCAGGAUUGAUAACUUCUAAU